CUUCUCUCUCUCUCUCUCUCUCUCUCUCUCUCUCUCUCUCUUUGUCUCCUCACACCACAAGACACAUUGUUCAUUGAUCAAACCGAUCAUGUACAAUCUCCCCACUUCUUUUCUGGUUUUGUUCUUCCUCUUCUCCUUAUCACACCAUCUUCCUUGUGCUUCAAGUAAACAAAAACGUGGGUGGUGCGAAUCUCAGUUUCAGUGUGGAAACAUCACCGCCGGUUUCCCUUUCUGGGGAGGGAAUCGUCCCGAAGUUUGCGGUCAUCCAUUGCUGGAGCUUCGCUGCCUUGACAACAUCACCUCUUUAACCAUCUCAGACCAUUUGUACCACGUUCUUAGUAUAAAUCAUACAUAUAACACUCUUAGAAUUGCCAGAACAGACUUUUUACAGUCCAUUUGUCUCUCUCCAUUCCCAUUCGCCAACGCGACUUUGCCACCAGAAAUAUUCGAUAUUUUGCCAACCUACAAGAGCGUCACACUCUACCGUUGCUACCCUGUUCUUCCUGACCUUGCAAGGUACGGAUGUCCUGCGAUAGGUUCGGUCUCAGUGUCAGACAACCUUGAAAAUCCUAUUAGCUGUGAAGCACGUUUCGUCGUGAACGUUCCUACGAGUUUCGUUACAAAGGAGAAAAAGUUGAAUAUAACCAAUUUGGUAAGUGAUGUAAGAAAUGGAUUUGAGGUGAAGUUAAAUAUCGAUGAGAAUUCGUGUCAAGAAUGUUCAUCCUCUCAUAAAUAUUGCGGCUUUACCGGAACAUUACCAUUAGAAACUAAAUGCCGGCCACUCCAUCGACCAACUCGCUUUUCUUCUGAAGCGAAAAUAGCUACAAUAGCAGGUGUUUUUCUUCUUCCAUUCUUGGUCUUAACAUUGGUUGUCCAAAUUCUCCGAAAGAGAAAAACUUCACAUGAUCUGGGCCAGCACAAUCUCAAGGAACGUAUUCCACAACCAAGUCUCAAAGCACUUAUCCCACUGAAGCAGUAUAGCUACGAACAAGUGAAGAGAAUUACAAACUCAUUCGCGGAAGUGGUCGGACGAGGCGGAUUCGGAAUUGUCUAUAGAGGAACCCUUUCUGAUGGCCGUAUGGUUGCAGUGAAGGUCUUGAAAGACUUAAAGGGUAAUAAUGGUGAAGACUUCAUCAAUGAAGUUGCAAGCAUGAGCCAAACUUCGCAUGUCAACAUUGUUACCCUCCUAGGAUUCUGCUCUGAAGGUUACAAGAGAGCAAUUAUUUACGAAUUUAUGGAAAAUGGGUCUCUUGAUAAGUUCAUCUCAAGCAAGAAGUCAACAAAUAUGGACUGGAUGGAACUAUAUGGGAUCGCAUUAGGCGUUGCUCGUGGUCUAGAGUACUUACACCAUGGCUGCAGAACAAGAAUUGUACAUUUCGACAUAAAACCACAGAAUGUACUCUUAGAUGACAAUCUUUCCCCAAAAGUUUCAGACUUUGGCCUUGCUAAGCUAUGCGAGAGGAAAGAAAGUAUCUUGUCACUACUGGACACAAGAGGAACGAUAGGGUACAUUGCACCUGAAGUGUUUUCAAGAGUGUAUGGUAGAGUCUCCCACAAGUCAGAUGUAUAUAGCUAUGGAAUGUUAGUUCUCGAUAUAAUAGGAGCUAGGAACAAAACAUCAACCGAAGAAACUACAUCUAGCACAAGCUCAAUGUACUUUCCCGAAUGGAUAUAUAAGGAUCUUGAGAAGGGAGACAAUGGAAGGCUUAUCGAGAAUAGAAAAAGUAGCGAAGAAGAUGAGAUAGCAAAGAAGAUGACGUUGGUAGGUUUGUGGUGUAUUCAGCCUUGGCCAUCAGAUCGCCCAGCGAUGAACAGAGUGGUAGAGAUGAUGGAAGGAAACCUGGAUGCUCUUGAAGUGCCUCCUAGACCUGUUUUGGAAUAAUAUAGAGGAACCCUUUCUGAUGGCCGUAUGGUUGCGGUGAAGGUCUUGAAAAAAUCAAAGGGUAAUGAUGGUGAAGAUUUGGUCAAUGAAGUUGCAAGCAUGAGCCAAACUUCUCAUGUCAACAUUGUUACCCUCCUAGGAUUCUACUCUGAAGGUUACAAGAGAGCAAUUAUUUACGAAUUUAUGAAAAAUGGGUCUCUUGAUAAGUUCAUCUCAAGCAAGUCAUCGCUCAAAAUGGAUCGGACAUCACUUUAUAGAAUUGCACUAGGAGUUGCUCGUGACUUUGGCCUUACUAAGCUCUGCGAGAAGAAAGAAAGCAUCUUGUCAUUGCUAGACACAAGAGGAGCAAGGAACAAAGAAAAAGAUGAUCAAAACUAUGCAUCAAACGCAAGCUCUAUGUACUUUCCUGAAUGGAUAUAUAAGGAUCUCGAGAAAGGAGACGAUGUAAGGAUUAUCGGAAAUGAAAUCAGCAGUGAAGAAGAGGAGAUAGAAAGGAAGAUGAAAUUGGUGGGUUUGUGGUGUAUUCAGUCUUCUCCAUUAGAUCGCCCACCGAUGAACAAAGUUGUAGAGAUGAUGGAAGGAAGUGUUGAUGCGCUUGAAAUGCCUCCUCGUAAACAAGAACUUGGUUGGUGUGAAUCUCAGUUUCAGUGUGGGAACAUAACCGCUGGUUUCCCCUUCUCCGGUGGGAUUCGUCCCCAAAUUUGCGGUCAUCCAUCGCUAGAGCUUCACAGCUUUAACAACCAUACCUCUAUAAUCAUCUCAGACCAUCUUUACAAUGUUCUCCAUACAGAUCAAACAUCUAACACUCUUAGACUCGCUAGAGCAGAGCUUCAAGGUUCAUUUUUCAACGCUUCAUUCACAGCCACAACCUUACCUUCCAAAAUCUUUGAGCUUUCACCGACCUACAAAAGCCUGACUGUUUUCUACCUCUGCAACCCUAAGCUUUCUUACCGUUCAAGUUAUACAUGUCCUGAUAGUGGCCUUGUCUCAGUGUCUCAAAACCUUGAUUAUCAUGAUUCAUGCAAUGGCAGUUUCACGAUUAACGCUCCAAAGAGCUUUGUUCCAGAAGAGAAAGAGUUGAACAUGACAAAUUUGGAAAGUGCUUUAAGAGAAGGGUUUGAGGUAAAGGUGAAGACCGAUGAGAAAGCGUGUCAAGAAUUUUCGUCCUCUCAAGGAAUCUGUGGCUUCGAAAAUACCACCCAAGUUUGCUGCAAGGAAUCCUCAUCAUCAGUAUGCGAUACACUCCAUACACAUGAUGGUAAAUGUCUUAUACAUCUUAUUCUCAAGUUGCAGUUUUAAAAAGCCUAGGAUUAUUUUCCAUG